AUGAAAAGCGAUGUCGACGGCUUCUAUCAUGUCGGCUCCGAUGGCAUUCUGCGCUCUUUUGAUAGAAAUGGGAUGGUCAUUGACUUCAACCGCCUGAACGAGAAACAGCUAUUAGCCGUUGGGAAAGAAUUACCCCAACAAAGCAACUAUCUGAAGGAAUUGUCUGCAAAUGCGAAUAGCACGCAGGUCGAUGAGGACGCGAUCUGGUCCCCGACGCCAUCCAUUCCUCCACCAUCGCUGAACAAGACAAAACGUGGGUUGGUUAAAAGGAGAGAAGGCCCCCCGCCAACUCCUGGACCAGACCGGUGCAAUCAGUUUGGAUGUUCCAUAUCGGGAAGGGAUCUUGGUGUUGAAACAACGGAAUCCUCGGUUGGGCGUAACGUGACAUAG